AUUGUGUAAACAAAUACACAUGUAACAGUUACACACAAACAAGCUGACAAAAUACUGUGUACUACAUUUUACAACCUCCCUUGUGAAGUUGCUAUUUUGGUUUGAAUCGAUGGAACCCACGUUUUGCUUUCACCCUGUGAAGCUACACGUCCAGUUACUGUAAAUACUGAGUGUGUUAUCAGUCAUUCCUCACACGCAUUUAUUUUCGACUAAUUUUUAACACACGUUAACAUGUGUCCCUUUUAUUUAAGGAGUCAGAAGACAAUUCCUGACAUAACCGAGAUUAAAUUGUGGCGAUGUGCGUAAUUUGUAAUACUGUAAAAACUAACGGAAACGUUUGUAAAUAAUGACGUCACCAGACUGCGACGCUGGAAAGAUGCACAGUAGCUGACUCUAAGCAGGUCGUGAUUGCAGGUAUUACCGCUGUAUUUGGGACAUGGUGGAACGAACGCUGCCGGCAGCCUCAUCCCGUACACUCAGCCUCGACACACGGCCGCAGUUUUCCGGUUUUCUGAGGCGGGUUGAGCUGCAGCUGUCCUCGUCUGCUCAUGGAGGAUCUGCCGCAGCUUCCACCUGAAGUCUGGGUCUACGUCUUCAACUUCCUGAGCCUGGAGGAGAAACACGCCGUGCGCACGUGCUGCAGAUACACCAGGAACCUCGUGGACCACCCGUCCCUGUGGCGCGACUACACGGUGGUGCUGUCCGACCUCCGCCGCUACACCUACGGCUUCUGGGAAACCCUGCAGCAGCGCAAGCUCACGCGGGUGGCGGUGCGACACCUGCGGCGGAAGGAGUGGCGGCGCCUCGUCAAGUUCCUGCCGAGUCUCACCGCGAUUGUGUUUGCGGACGGAGGGCGGCUGUACAAGGAGAAGUACCUGGACAACCUGUCGCGCUUCCCCGCGCUCAAGGACCUCGGGGUGCGCAACGCCACCUGGGACGAGCCCAUGCUGGUACCGAGCCUGAGCGAGCACCUGCGGCAGCGGCUGACGCACCUGAGCGUGUGCAGCGUGCGGAUGCCCUGCUUGGUGGCGUUCAUCCACACCGUGUCCCACCUGCAGGGCCUCCGGUACCUGCUGUUCCACCAGCAAGGGGAGGGCUACGGGCUGGACACGGUCAGACCGGUGCCCCGCGACGUCUUCCACAAGCUGCUGCUGAGCCUCAACAAGCUGAGGCACCUGUCCUGGGGCAUGAGGGGAGAACCGCCCGAGCCGCUGCCCGACGACUACCUUAGUCCCGCGGAGCCGGGGCAUCCAGGACUGUUCCGGUACGGCGGCCCAGCUCUGACGAGUCUGGAGCUGGUGGAUUACCCAGAGACCAUCCUGCCCAAGAACGCUCUAAGCAGCCUGAGCUCGCUCAGGGCGCUGACCGUCCGCUACAGGUACAUCCGAGAGGGCAUAGAGUGUCGCCUCCCGUCGUGGCUCCGUCCUCUACAUCAGCUGGAAACCCUCACUAUCAUCGGUGGAAACUCUCUCGCUACCUAUACAACCACUAUUCCAUCCACUGUCACCAGGCUGACGUUGCGUGUAGCCGUAACUCUUAAAGACAUGGACUCCGUCGCGCCAAAAGUCCCGGGACUUCAGCACCUGGACAUCGAGCAGAACCGCUCCAGCGGCAGCCUCUGCAGACGGAUCCCCACGUUGUUUCCCCAGCUCAGGACGCUUAGGAUACGAUUUUUUCGUCGAGAGCCAGAGAAAGACCUGCUGAGCCUCUAUCGCCUGCGACACCUGGUGCAUCUGGAGCUGCUGGUGGAGCGCUCGUUCAUCCUCAGAGAUUACCUGAACGGACACCCCUGGCCCAGCCCCUGCGUACGGGAGCUGAUCAACCAGCUUAAGGUUCUGUCUGAGAACAGGAUCACCGUCAUCACCACAAUGCGUCAGAGGAACCCUCUGAGAGAAUGUGACUGUGUGUGGGAGGGGGACUGAUGAUCGGAGGAUGGGGAACAUGGGGAGGAAGAGCUUUGCUGUUACCUAUAAAGCCCACAUCGUUUGCCAUGGGUUAAAUGACAACAUGCGGCUCAUCAGUUCAAUGUUAAUUCUGUAGAGCCAAAUUACGAAAGAAGCUUCUAAAGGCACUUUUCAAUUUAACCAUAAGUCCUUGAAGAUUCGCAGUAAGAGGAACUGCCUCCGCUGGUAGGAGACAGAGAACCAAACAGUCUGUCUAAAGGACAGACCAAGGCCGUGAGACCUGGAUGAGGACAGAAUGAAGAGAGUCUUUCAUUGUCAUUUUACCACACUUGUCUGAGGCGCUAGAGGAACUAGCCCAUGCUGAUGCUUGAGCCUGUGACCUUGCGCUUUCCAAGUCAAUCCUCUACCGAGCCACCUAUGCACAAUGCACAAGAGACGGAGGCACAUAGCCUAAAUGCCAAUAUUGGAAUGGAGUCCAUUGCAAAAAAGAAGAGGAGGAUACAUACGUGUUUAAUAUCUUACUCGAAAACAGCUGAGACCGCUAAAGUUUAAAGACUGGACUAUAGAGACGUUGUUACGUUCAUUAUAGGACUUGAACAAAUCAAAUUCAUUAACGCAAUACAAAAUGGAAAACCUAUUUUGAAUCAAGCACUAAAACUCUCCUGUGCUCGUUAGUAACCUGUGGUUAUUUGUUUGUCUUUAAGCUUAGCAUAUUUCCACCAUAUAAAUUAAAUGAGAUGAUACAUGAAGACAAGUUUACCUUUAAAUUUUAAUUGUAUUUUUUUUUAAACAAAAAAUGUCUUUUAGGCACAUGUUUAAUCCACUCUAUUUUAGUUUGAAUCACUACAUUUAAUCGUAAUUUCUAUUAACAAUAUGUGAUAACAGCCAAAACAGGGUAAACGUCUAGUAAUUAUAAAAUAAAUAAUCAGUAUUUAAAACAGAAAAGCGA